GUUGAUUAUUGAUCUUAAAACGUUAUCUGUAGCCGUUUUAUUUACAAUUCCAAAUCAGGAAGUAAUUUGUUGUUCCGAAAGCGAAAGCGGGUUGAAUAAUUUCUUAAACAGAUUUGACUUUGUUGUCAUAAUUCAAGCAAUUUAACGAUGCCUACUAUUGUCGUCCAUGUCUGGAGACCAGAUGCAAGCCAUGUUGGUCACUGCGCCUUAGAUUUAGGUGAUGGAACCUACAUAAGCUGGUGGCCUGAGUCUCAAUGUGAUGCUAAAAAUCCAAGAGCUAGAGCCGUUGCAAAUACUUCGCACAGCAUCGACAUUGAGGGAGAAGGAGGUAGACAGCCAAACUCCUACAGAAUUCAUGUCUCGGAUGGAGAACUGAAUGCAAUUAAACGUUGGUGGAGAGGCUUCAAGGACAAGGCAGACUACCAAAUUGUCUCAAACAAUUGCUCGACAGUAGCUUACUACGCCCAAGAGGCUGCCUUUCCAUUUCUUGAAGUCCUCAAUGACGAAGUCGAUGUUUGGGUACCAAAAGCAAUAGAAAUGGUUGCUGAAGACCUGGCAUCUGGAAAAAGGACUUUCGAUCAGAAAAGAAUUAAAGAAAUUAAGGAAGCGGCGCAUGCUGAAGCUAAAAGAGUCGCAGGUCGUUUUAAAGGGAUGUUUGUGAAAAGCAGCACAACCGGAAUAGCCGGAAGAAAAUGACGUUGUUUAUUUCGAGGCUAUGUUAAAAGCAUGUUUAUGUAAUUUUUUGUAACUUUAAACAUUCAAAAUUGUAGUAUGCAUGUAUGAUUUUAAAUGUUUCGAACAAUUCUUUGAUACCUUGAUAUUUAAUGUUUUGAACAGUAAAUCAGCUCGUACAUUUCAUUACUGAAAAAAUUGUACAUGCUGCCAAAAGCCGUUUUUACACUUUGAAUUAUUUAACAAUCAUUUUGGUCAAGUAAUGUACAUUGAGUUUCACUUACAAUGUUACUUCUUCAUAGUAUCUUUACAUUUUAUACCUUUUAAUCAGAAAAUUACGUUCCUGGUAAUGACAUAUAGCUAAAAGGCUAAUCAUACUGAAGAAUUGGGCAAAAAUCGAUUCUAUUAAUCUUUCCUUGUUUAUUGAGAUCAACGCUAUAACUUGUUGUCUCCCUUCGACCGUCUAGCUAAAUAUCGAUCACGGACACGUGAAUAUAAAGAAAUAAUACAAAAAUCACCAAUUUUUAAACGUCUAGGGAAGCAAGAAGACAUUAAAAUAAUUUCAAAAUAGAAACAUAUAUAAAAAAUUUAUUGUCUGUAGAAUACUUCAAUAGGAUAAUAAAUAUUCUCAAAUCAUGAAUAAAGUGGCUACAGGGGAAAGAAUAAGAUAGGUAUCACAGGUUUUUGCUUAUUUAUUCGGUAACUAUAUGCCGUAAACAGAGACUGAUAGUGAUGUUUUUUAAUCGCCAAGGGAAGCAUUAAUUCUUCAUUUUAGAAAUAUAAUUUUUAUAUCUUUGUAAAGAGAAAAGAAUGACGAACACUUCAAUAGGAUAAUAAAUAUUGUGUGUUCAUUCUAAUUAAAACAAUAUUUGUUCAAACUGUU